AUGAUCAAACUCAGGACCUUGUGCUUGCAAGGCAGCAGCACAACCAUUGAGCUAAAUUCCCCAGCCCAUCGGUCUUUUAAGUUUUUACUGGUCUUAAAGGAUCCCAAGUAUCCUGUGGAGAACUUGCUGAACCCAGACAGUCAGAGGGGGCCUUGGCUCAGCUGCCCUCAGGACAGGAAUGGGCAACUGAAAGUGGAGCUGCAGCUGGAGAGGGCAGUGCCCACUAGCUAUAUCAAUGUAGGUAACUGUGGCUGUGCUUUCUGGUCUCUAGACAGACCUUUUGUCACCGUGCUGCCUGCAACUAUGCUAAUGUCCCUCACUGAUUCAAACGGGAAGAACCGCUCAGGGGUCCACAUGUUUAAAGAUGAUGAUUUCCUGGCUCCAGCCUCAGGAGAGUCAUGGGAUCGACUCUGCCUGACCUUAUCUCAGCCCUUCACAUGGCAUCAGCCCUUUGGCCUGGCCUUCCUGUGGGUGCGCUCCUCUCUGGAUGCCUCGGAGAAGCCUGUGGUGGAUGCUUUGACUCUGGGCUGAGCCAAUUCAAAUCAGGGCUCCUCUGAUGCCCAGGAGUCUGGUCCUAGUCCCUGGCUGGCUAAUCCUAUCCGGAGGACAUUCUUGCCAGAUCUCCCAAAGAACACCAAGGGAAUGUCAGAGCUCAAGGAUUUCCUGAAUCAGCUUCAACCAGGGGCUCUGGGAAAUUCAGCCCGCAUGGUGCUUUCUGCUGCCCGAAAGGCACCUUCAGCCAGUGUGGCAAACCCAAAGAACAACCACACAGAGCCAGGUCCCAGUAAGCCAGAGUACAGGAAGAAGAAGAAGAAAGAAGGGACCUCCACGCAAAGACCUUUUGUUAAUGAGCUAGGCUUAAUGAGCAUUUCUAACACAGAGAAAGAUGAGGGCAGAAAGAAGAGGCAAAAAGUCCAGGACCAAAGGUCCCUGGCCAACUCACACUGUCGGUCAAAAAGGAGAAGAAAGGAACAGAACCAAUUUUGUUUACAUCCGCAGAUUCUCCCUCUGCUCGCUGCCACCUGUGGAGAGACUGCCCCGCCUCCCCCAGAGCCUCCCUCCUCACCAUCUUCAUCCCCAUCUGUUGAGUGGGUGUUCUCCCCCGAGAGUUUACCACGCAUUUCCUGGGCCCAGAGUCCCAUCUGCCACUUGCACUUUGCAGCGAGCGAAGUAGAAGAACAUGCCAGCCUGUGUGCGGAAGUUCUUCCGGCCUGAGCCAGACCGCCCUCUGACAAAGACUGGAGAGUGGAUCUCCCCAGCCAAAAGGGGCCGAUGGUGCCAGGCCUCCAGCUCUGCCUCGCAGCACUCAGCACUCGUUCCCUCACUCGUUCCCUCGGGACUCUGCCGGAAGGCACCUCCGGGCCCAGCUUGCUCUCCUUUCCUAGUUGUCAAGGCUCUGUCACCAUAGCACCCAAUUCUCCCAAGGGCCGCUGUCUUUUUUACAUUUGGAACUUCUGGGUUGAACUGGUGAUCUCUCUAGGGCCUUGGGACACUAGCCAGAAUGUCUUUUCCUCAGUGAAUGUUAUACAUCAUCAUGUCCAUUAUCCUGAAAGGAAUACAGGCCGGUCAAAUGAAAACUACUGCCUGAAAGAUAAAAUCCUGUGGUGAUCAAAAAA